UGACCCUUCCAGUCCUCACACUGGAAGAUGAAUAGCUCAAAACAGCUUGUGUAAGUUAAUCCCUCUUCCAGUCCUAUUUAAGGAUAUGGAUUAGUAUUGCUCGCAAGCAAUAUGGGGAGUCAGAGGUCGGUGCAGUGGCUUUAGGCUGUGUGAAGGGAACGUCACACCGAGGCCUGACCUAGCCUGACAGCUUUAGAACAAUAUGCUAAUAUUGUUUAGGCGACUCAUAAACCCUCUUCACUUUGCAGCUAGAUUUCAUAUGGAAACAUCUUCAUAGAAAGUUUGAAUAUGAGUUAACCUGUCUGAGAGGCCAGUGUUUCUCCUGUGGCAGUGUAGAUUCUUAUUAACACACACACAAAAAUUCUGUCAGACAGAAGAGGACAUAUAUAAGGCAAAUAUUCUAAAAUCAAUACCCAGAAGGUUAUUAUGGAAAGAAAAGUCUAUUUUUAGGACAGCCCCCAAUCAGUUAAUGUAUCACUACUCGGGGAGCUAACCCUGUUAAUCUUACGAGGAAAUAAUGGCGAUAUCUAAUUAAUUAGAUCUCAACGGCUAAUUUGCUGUUUAAACAGCAUUACUGUCCAACAGAUUGAAGAUUACAAUUUGGGAUUACAACAGUAAGCAUGCGCCUCAAGAAUGGAUCCACAGGGUGCAGUUAUAUCCUUUCGCUGUGUCUGAUGUUGGAAAAGGAAAAGAACAAAAUUGGCAAUGGGAAAGAGAUAGAACUGACAUUGAAGUUGCAGAGAUUUAGAAUUAUAUUUAACUACAUGGCAGGGGGAAGUAAUAUUUGACUUCCCUUCAUGUGGCAGCAAAAGAUUAGUCUCCACCCUCCUCCCCUCCUCUCGUAUCACUUCAUGCCUUAUCAGCUUCUCUUCCCCAUUCAUGUAUCUACUAGUCACCACAGUGAUUUCAGCUUUCUAUCUAAAACCUUUGUAGCCUUUAUGGAUAUUGACCCUCACGCCCACUUACUCCACCUGAGAAACUUCACAUAUUUUUCCUUCUUCUCUGAGCUGCGCCGCUCCGAUCAUGCCGCAGCCACUGUUGUGGAGACCCUGGCCAUCUCCACCGUCUUCCUGGUGUCCGUGGCAGCAAAUGCGGGAGCCGCAGCCUUGGUAACCUGGGAACGCAGGCUGCUUGCCAACAAGACCGUCCUGACCCUCAACCUGUUUGCGGCCGACCUGCUGUUCAUCAGCAUGAUCCCACUGAUAGUGGCAGUGCGCUGGACCGUGUCCUGGACGCUGGGGUUCGCGGCCUGUCACACUGUUCUUUAUGUCAUCUGCAUGAGCGGCUCCGUCACCAUCACUACCCUGGCCUCCAUCAGUGUGGAGCGGGUGCAGGCGAUCCUCCGGCUGCAGAGGGUGCCCACUCUAAACCCCAGAAUGGUGACCGCCACCCUGAUCUUCAUCUGGGCCUUUUCUGCACUCACUGCUUUGCCCCUCAGCUUGUUCUUCACUGUGGUGGAGCUGGAUUUCCCUGAGCAGGAACGUGUGCACAUCUGUACUAUGAAGUGGCCCGACUCAUCCGGAGAGAUUGUGUGGAAUAUAUCCUUCACCGCCCUGUGCUUCCUCCUCCCAGGAUUCAUUAUCGUGGUCAGUUACAGCAAAAUAUUACAGAUUGCUAAAAGUUGUAGGCGAGGGCUCCAAACCCGGUCAGCCAGUCAGCCCCCCGGCGGCGAGCCUCUCGAGUACCACGUCUCCCGCCAGGACAUGAAGCUCUUCCGCACUCUCCUGGUCCUCGUGCUCUCUUUCCUGCUCAUGUGGAGUCCCAUUUUCAUCAACACUUUCCUCAUCCUGGCCAGGAACUUCUUCGGCCGCCUGCACGUCUCCUCCACCACGUUCUUCUGGGUGAUAACGUUCACGCUGACCAACUCCGCCCUCAAUCCCAUCCUCUACUCAGUGUUCCAGUUCAAGAGCGGCCUGCGCAAGCUCUGCUGCAGUUCUGCCGUGGUGCCGCUGCGAAGGGCGACCCGUGGCAGCGGUCGAACGCAAAGGAAGCAGCCGUGAUUGCCAUGAUCAUUUCAGCAAAUAGUCAAUUUAAAGGGACAAAAUGCAUAACACUCUGUCCACCUGAGGGCCACAUGUUCCUAUUCUAAUGCUUGCUACACUAGGCAGGAGAGCAUUCAGACUUAGAGACCUUUAAGAGCUAACACUGCAAAGAGUUAAAUUAAUAAUUGAAUGAAAAUUAUAUAUUUUUCUAUAUUAUAAUCUUUUUUUUCGUCUGCAAAAAUCAUCCUUAUCUGAAAUACUCCUCAGUCAUCUGGUCAUAAUAUAUUCUGUGAGUUUUUUAUUCCCUAAAAUGUAAAUCAGAUCUUCAGCAGGGAGCAAACAAAUGAAUCAACUGAAUAAUAUGAAUUCAAUUUUAAGUAUCGCUGGACAAAAACUUAAAGAGCACAUCAUUUCCUCACGUCUUUGCCGCUUUUUUUUUCACCAUCUGGAAAAGGGAAAAGUAUUUGCGUCUCAUACAAACAAACGGCAGUUUGCUUGCCAACAACAGUAAUUCAACUCCGAGCGGCAGUUAAGAAUCUCCCUUAAUCUGUCAGUGGUUAAAUGUGGCUGCUGUCUUAACAGAGGUGGGGUCCAGGACGAGAGCCAGGCCCCGUGAGACCGUCUCUGAAAUGAGACCACGUUGGCUGCCGUUGCUUGUUCUGAACUGACCAGCUGGAGUGCAGUCAUUUCAACUGGCCAGGUUUCACUUUUAUCACAAAUUUUUCCUCUGUGACUGCCUCUUAUUCGGUUUGCGUGAUGCGAAAUCACACACCGCUGGUGCUAAACUCAGAUUGCUCUCUGAUGCAAGAGCUUUUCAGAAGUGGCUCCUCUUCACCUGGUGUUAUUGUUAUGGUAUAAUCUCCCUAAAAUCGUACAAUAUGUCUUUCAUAUCAGGAGCAGCAUACAAAACGUAUUUAGAGAAGAGAUGAACCAGUGAUCUUAAUUCGAUUUAUCAAUGCAGAAUCA